AUGUCAAGUAUAAAUGGACCCACAAACAGGAAGACCUUUAUUGUGCAUGUUGAUGCCUCUGGAACAUACUCGAAACGAAUUAUAGCACCACAAACUCAAAUGCUUAGUGGUUUUGUGAGCAGUAGAAUAUUUACGCCAUUAUUUUGGUCUGGAUCCUUUUGUAGUUGUUACUAA